CUGGCUGCUCUUACAGAAAGGCUUGCAUUUGCUUUAUUGAAGUAGCUAGCUAGCUAACGUUAACAUUAUACAUUUUUCACAACUCAAGCCAGCACCUCGAUACUUAGCUAGGUUACAUGUUAAAUAUAAUGAUUUUGUAUUUGAAAUGUAACGUUAGCUGUUAGCUAGCUUAGUGAAAUAUAUUCUAACCGUAUAACUGAAAAAUAUAGCACGAGCAAACCUUUCACACUCUUUAAAUUAAAUCUUACUUUCUGACAUUGAUUUGCUGACAUGUUAAGGCAACGUUAGCUAGCUAGUAAUGUAUUUUACUUAUUUAACCAGUUAUUAGCUAGUUAUUCCCAAGUUACUCACCUUCGAAAAUUUGUUUAGCGUUAAGCCCAAGUAAUUGGGUUUGUUGGCUAGCUAAUGGUACUUUACUAUACUGUGUUCCUGUUAUCCUGUAUGUGGCGCCAAACUAACGUUACUGCUGCUGAACGAAGCUCUCUCACGCUAGCCUAUGGCGCUAGCCAACAUGUAGCUAACUUGUGUGGAUUUGCGUCUCAGCUUUAACACAUUAGAGAAACACGUAGUUUGUCGUGUUUCUACUUUCUAGUGCUGGGAGGCACAGUAAGGACAAGGUUUUUGGACCACUCCAGACAUCAGACCGGACUUCUCCCGUUGACACCGCACUCUCGCAAGGCAAAAUGGGGAAACAGAACAGCAAGCUGACCCCUGAAGUGAUGGAGGAUCUGGUGAAGAACACAGAGUUUAACGAGCAUGAGCUGAAGCAGUGGUACAAGGGUUUCCUGAAGGACUGUCCCACGGGCCGCCUCAACCUGGAGGAGUUCCAGCAGCUGUAUGUCAAGUUCUUCCCGUACGGCGACGCAUCCAAGUUUGCCCAGCACGCCUUCAGGACCUUCGACAAGAACAGCGAUGGCACCAUUGACUUCAGAGAGUUCAUCUGCGCGCUGUCCAUCACGUCACGAGGCAGCUUCGAGCAGAAGCUCAACUGGGCCUUCAACAUGUACGACCUGGACGGAGACGGCAAGAUCACACGGGUGGAGAUGCUGGAGAUCAUCGAGGCGAUCUACAAGAUGGUGGGAACGGUGAUCAUGAUGAAAAUGAACGAGGACGGCCUGACGCCCGAGCAGAGGGUGGACAAGAUCUUCUCCAAGAUGGACAAGAACAACGACGACCAGAUCUCGCUGGACGAGUUCAAAGAGGCGGCCAAGAGCGACCCGUCCAUCGUACUACUGCUGCAGUGUGAUCUCCAGAAAUAGGCUCGGCCAGCCGCCACGGACUGCACACAAAGAAUUUCAUGUUCCAUUCAGUUUGCAGCUAUUUCCACUGAAAAAAUACAUAUAUAUAUAUAUGCUUGGGACUACCUUUCAAUGGAUCUGCUUCUUGUGUUUGAAACACUCGUGUGCAUGAGAAUGUUAUUUGCUAUAAAAAAAAGAUCUAUACACAUACAUACACACCGUAUACUGUAUG